GAUUCGGUCGGCGUAUUUACACACAGUCACAGAAGGUAAAAAAAGCCUCUGGGGUUUUAGUCACGCCCAACUUCAUUGAAACUCCUGUGCAAACCGAAAGGAACCCUUUUCGUGUAUGUUUGGUACAUGAGGCACCGACAUUCCAAAAUAUACUACACAUUAUUCCCAAUUAGAACUUUUUAACAAGGGUUUAACGGGUGGGCGUGUGUAGGGAAUUUUCUGUCGAUUCCACAUACAUGAUACUCAUCUCACAAUAAGCCAACAGUACAUCGCUGUAAUUUGUAGCAGGCAUUGUACUUUACUAUCCAAUUGUCCAUGACAAAAAGUGAUUAUUUUGAAUAUUGAUAGAAAACUAUGCAAACUAUGCUGAGGCGAGGGAAUAACAACCAUCAUACAUGAAGUUGAAAUAUCUAUAUGCGACAGAAUAAGACUUCUGCUGGAAAUGAGACUGAUGGUUGAACGAGGCAUGGGUCAAAAGGAAUGUGCCUGACAUAUUUGCUGAAAAAUAGAAUAUAACGCUGUUUUACAGAUAUGAAUUGGAAGCGAACUUCUAGAAGCUACAACUUCAACGAAGCCUUCGUGCUGGGCGAGACUAUUCCAAAAGAAAAGCAUGAGGAAACCAUCAGAGAGAGGUCGGAGUCGCUGUCUAGUGUCGAGGACGAUGGGCCCGUGGCCAACCCGAGGGGGUUACCUACCAAAGCCGCAAGCAUCGACUUCGGAGUGGACGAUGAUGUCGACGACGGGAAGCCACUGCGGAAUUGUUCCAUGGGAUGUUUCGUCGUCUUUGUCGUGCUGGCCAUGAUGACCUGUGUGGGGAUUCUUCUCUACUUCAUUCUGAUUAAUACAGUAUUCGUUGAUAGUGACAGCCGGACCCUCACAGGACCAUUGACAGUAGAAGGAUCAUUACUCUUGAAUGAGACUUAUCAUCCAGAUUUGGCCGAUCCAGAAUCAACGGCAUAUAGAGAAAUGGAAAAUAAAUUCACGAGUGCGAUGAGUGGAUCAUUUGGUAAUAGUUCCUUAGCAGACAUUUAUGACAGAACGAGAGUGGAACGCUUCGAGCAAGGAAGCAUACGAAUAGUUUUCACAGUUUUUCUUUCCUCGACACCGAAUGAUGCUGCCUCGGAAAUGGAAGUCAUUGUCGACGUGCAGGUCACAGUCGGCAAUGGCAUCUCUUCUGGCUUCUUCGACGCUUUUGACAUUUUAGAAGGCUCCUUAGAAUUUACAUCUGUUAAUCAAGAAAGUCAGACGAUGACGACUGUCAGGCCUCCGACAACGGCCUUCGUCGAAUCGACGUCAGAAACAACUGCAAACUCUACAAUUCAUUCUGUAACUAGUCAGGUCAUAUUGUCAUUAAGUACAUUGUUCUCAACACCCAUAACAUCUGUAGGAACAGUAGCACCAACAACUAUACCGAUCACUACUCGAAGUUUUCCACCACAAGCACCAACAUUUCCAACUACCAAAGUAAUUACAAUGUCUUCCCAAUCGAUCACUAAUUCAUUCCCACCACCCUCAACAAGCGAGGUGGCAGCCACAGCAUCAACAAUGAUUGAUGACACAACCGGCACGGAUCAUCAGACAGCUCAAUUGACCACCGUUUCAUCAUUUCCAACUGAUUCACAGACUGUAGGUACCACUUUAGCAAAUGUGUCUUCAGUAUCACCCACGAACGUACACAACUCAACCAUUCCACCGUCCACAGUCGAAUCCGACAGCCCGUUAAAUUCCACAGUUGCUACUACUACGUCACCUGUGAUUCAAUCUACAACAUCUUCAACGGAAGCAGACCAUUCAAAGGGUACUUUGAAUGGUACGUCAACGUUGACUACAGUUCCGGUAUCACUGGCAUCAGACACCACCAGGCCUUCAAUCACGAGUAGAGUAUCAUCAGUGUUAACAACAGAAGCUGCAACAGCUACUGUAUCUCCUACUAACAGUUCACUUACUACUCUGACAACAGCUUCCCAACGGUCAACCGAUCCCGCCACACAAACGACCGCAGACGGCUCCACAGCCUCAAAUACAACCACGAGGUCAUCGCCAUCAACAACCUCAGAAAUGGAAGCGAAUGUUACAAGACAACCAAAGAUUCAUCCGGCUUUACCAGAUACGUGUGGUGUUCCAUCAGCACUGAAUGAUAGCACUACCGGUGGUGCAGCCCGGAUCGUUGGUGGGACUCUAGCACCAAACGGGAAGUGGCCGUGGAUGGGUUCGCUUCGGAGCGGAAGAUCACACCAGUGUGGCGCCGUCUUGAUACAUCAAGAAUGGGCCAUUACGGCUGCUCAUUGUGUAGGAUUCUUUGAUAACAUCGUUCUUGGGGACAACGAUCUCGCUGGCACCACAGACACCUCGCCAUACCGGGUUGAGCGCAACAUCCAACAUUUUUCAAAUCUAGACUUCAACCCCGUAAACGAUGACGGUGACAUUGCCCUAGUCCGCCUUACGGAACCCGUGGAGUUCAACGAUUACAUCCAACCUCUCUGCAUCAAUACGUUGACGACGGAAAUGACGUCAUUCAAUAACUGCUUCGUCAGCGGAUGGGGCACUGAUGAUAUCGAUGUUCAAGCAUCAAUGAGAUAUCUAAUGGACGCCAAUAUUCAGAUGUUUAACAGGAGUAUUUGUAGCGAGUGGUACACUGAUAUUCACGCCAUAACUAAUCACCAUAUAUGUGCAGGGGAAGAAAACGGUCGUAGGGACUCUUGUUCGGGUGACAGCGGUGGCCCCCUUCAAUGCCAGGAUGACCAGGGAAUAUGGUACCUAUUGGGUGUGGUCAGCUUUGGUCAGGGUUGUGGUGAGGAAAAACUGCCCGGUGUCUAUACCAGGAUAUCUACGCAAAUAUCAUUCCUUCAGGGCAUAUUAGACACAAAUUUAAAAUCAUGACCAUGUAUUUGAAAGACGAAAGCAAUAUUAUGCAAUUGGUUCAUUGUCAUGUCAUCUUACGUAAACUAGGUGGAAAAUUGCUUUUAAUGUUUUUGUAUUGUUUUGAGAUGAGCAUUGGUUUGAAAUGAAAAAAAAAUGGGUUGAUUUUUCGGUGAAAAUAAAUUUCAUGGAAAAUUUCACCUAACAUCUGAUCCAUGCUUAUUUUUUUCAUGAACAUGGAAAUUCCUUUACCAGAAUUAGACAAAAACGAGGUAUGUUUCUCUAAUUUGAUAUAAAAUUUAAGAGAUGUUCAUCUGUGCGGAAAUACUCAUAACAUUCUAAUUGCUUCGGUUGAAUAAUUGAAAUACCCAUUCUUUCAUCUGUUAUAGGCCCAAUAUACUCAGACCUACCUUCUACUUUGUAGCUAUCUCAUGAUUAGGGAAGAAAUGGAUUACUGAACUACGUGGAAAUUACACUUGAUAAUUAUAACUUGCAAAUACACAACGGGUUAAGACUCGUUUUUCAAUCUGAGAGACGUGGGCUCGAUUCCCAGCCAUGGCAUGUUUUCCUUCAGCAAGAAAUUUAACCACAUUGUGCUUCACUCAACCCAGGUGAGGUUAAUGGGUACCGGCAGGAAGUAAUUCCUCAAAUAGCUGUGAGCACCGGCGGGAAUCGGUACACUUAGUCGGGGUAAUAUAGGAGCGCCUUGGAGAACGUGGAUACGUGCGAUAUACAAAUCCUAUAUUGUUUUUAUUAUCAUUACAUUCAGGAGUAAAAAAAAACGAACCACAAUUAUAUAUAUAAUAAAUAUAUAUUUCAGAGCUAUAUAUACAAAAUAUGUCAUCAUUCACGUGUUUCAAUAUCAUGAUGCUAUUAAGAUGGUAAUGCAAAUUACCUAACCAUCCCAUUCAUGUCUGUUUUGAAGAAACAUGAGUGUACGCAAAAACCGAGGACAAUUGUCAUUGUAUAAUCUUAUAUCUAGAUCUGGUGCAGUUACAUAAUCUGAACAUUGUGAAAUCAUAAUAUAUCUCAGUUUUAAAAACGGUUAUAAUGAAGAACGCCAACAGAUAAUAAGAACACAUGGGACAGUGUAUCAUUAUGUACUGGGAAAAGACCCGAAAUCUGGCUCGAAUCCCAUGCUUAACGUUUCAGUUAUGACAUAAUUUCAGAAAUCCUUUGCCACGUAUUGUUUUAUUUGUACAUACAGACACUUGGGUGGCAAUUUUAUGAGAUUCUUGCACGAACUCAUUUUGAAACGAUGUCUGGCAUCUAUCUAUGAGUGAUAUUCAUCUUUAUAUAACAUUUAUUUUUAUAUUCCUCAUGUCUUGAGAGGGAAAGGAUGAUUCAUAAUUAUACUGAUAAAUGUUGUGAUAUGUAACUUGAUAUAAAGAUGUAUGGUACCCUGCCGGCAAAUUGCCAAUUUGUCUACUACCAACUCGUCCACUUACCAUAUCAUCUAUUUUCAUUUUGUCUAAUGGUCCAACCAUCAUAUCGUCUAUAAACAAGCUGGUCCAUCAAAGUCAUUUGCAUUCAUUUUGCACAAUUAACACUUAGUCCAAUUAGACCAAAUGGUAUAUGGACUAAAUGGCUAUUGGAUCAACUGGUUAUUAGACGAAAUGGUGAGUGGACGAAAUGGCAAUUGGACCAUGUGGAUAAUGGACGAACUGAUGGUAGACCAAAUGAUAGAGGACGAGUUGGCAAUAGGACCCACUGGCAUUAGACCAAUUGGAAAUAAACCACCCUGCUUUUAUCUUGUUAAUGUUUUAAAUUGUAUAUUUCUUAUUUUCUUAUCAGGGAUGAAUGAUAUUGAAUAAAAACAUUGUUUAUCAUGAAUAAAUGAA